AUGGGAGAUGCGAAGAGCAGUGAGGAGCAGCGAGAAAACGAGGGUCGCAGUGUCGACCAAGGGAGGCGCAAGAGACGGAGCGACGGAGCGACAGAGAGCGCGCGCGGAGGGAGGCAAAAACGGAGGGAAGGCUGCGCCGCCAGCAGAUACGUACCGGAUGGUGUGCUCUGGGUAGGUGGGUUGAUGGAUGAUUGA